AUCAUAAUUAGCAACUGGCAGGCGAUGAUUCUCAUCCGAGCUCCCACUCGUAACCCAAUAUCUCUGUACUGACAGUAAGAAUCAACAAAUUCUUUCUUCCUUCCAUUUCCAUUUCCAUUUCCACUUCCAUCCAUGUCUGCGCUACCUUCUACGGCGGCUCUUCAGUUUCUCCCACACCUUCCAUUGCUAAAACCUGAAGUUCCUCUUCUUUAUUGCUGUUCUUGCGCUUCUGCUGCAACCACUUCCUCCGCCGUCUCCACUUCCGCCGCUUCGAUGCGCCCAAUUGGCCCUCUUAUCCAUCCCGUUUUGCUCUUCGACAGCUUCGACAGCUUCGACACCCCACUGGACACCCAAACUUUUCUUGCUACUUUCAGUGUUUUGGUUGCCAUUUCUCUCUCCCUCUUUCUUGGUCUUAAGGGUGGUCCUGUGCCAUGUGAGCGUUGUGCUGGAAAUGGUGGCACAAAAUGUGUUUUCUGCGACAAUGGUAAGAUGCAGCAACAGUCAGGAUUAGUUGACUGCAAAGUGUGUAAAGGUGCAGGAUUGAUCUUCUGCAAAAAGUGUGGGGGUUCUGGAUAUUCCAGACGGCUUUGAACCUUCAAGUGAAAGGUUUCUCGACGUGCAAUGUAAUUUCUGACAUUGUAUUUCAACUUACGCAGGGUAACUAUUCCAUUUAUUGGUAUCAUUGAGUCCUAUAAAUAGUUUCUCCUUCAUUAGAGGGCUGUCCAAUUGUUUGUUUCAUUUUCUUAUGUAAAUUAGUUUUCCUAUAAAAGAUGAAAAGGGGAUAAAAGUAAAGUCGAGUUAGGGGUAUCCAAUUCUCUCUCUGGAAAUACAUAUAUAUUAUAUUUCAACAAA